GCGGGGAGCGCGGCGGAGCCUCCCCGCGCUCUCGCGCUGCCCGGCGCGGCUCUUGUCAGUUAGCAACAAAAUGGCCGCGGCGGCAGCAGCUGUGCUCCCGAGGACGGCGGCGGCAGCAGCGGAGGUGGCGUCCGAAUCGGCGGCGCGGAGGAGCAGCGGGGGCCCGGCUCAACAGCACUGAGCGGACACCGAGAGCGAGCGGCGGAGAGCGGCCCCCACCCGCUGCUGCAGCCCGGCCCGAACCCCCGCCCCGGGGGCACCUCCGCUGCGUUCGCCCCCCCCCCCCCCCCCCCCCCCUCCGGAGGGACUCCGCCGGAUCCUCCCCUCCCGCUGCUUCCUGCGGGGCGGCCCCGCGGUGCGGAUUGUCCCGGGAGGGCGCAGCGAACGCCGCUCCGGGCGUUGUGCGGGGGGGGGUCCUUUUGCGGGACCGUGCCCCGGCGGGCCGCGCUUUAUUUCGCUGAUUUGAUUCUCCUGGUUUAUUUUUUUUGAUUUGCACUUUUCGCCUCCUCAGAUGCCCGUCCACGCGGACUGAACCCACCGGGACGCGGCAGAGCCCCUCCCGACCCGGUUCGGAUCUUCGCUGCAGCGCGGACCGUGCGCGCCAGGCACGGACUGAGCCGCGCUGCGCUCCGCCGGGAACCGCCGCUGCCCUGCGUCUCUGUGCGCGUCCUCCUCUGUGCCGUUGUUUUUUCUUUUACUUUUUUUUCUUUGAGGGGGUGUCGACAAACGGCGACGACAACAACAACAACAAAAAAACUUAAUUUUUUUUAAUUAUUAUUUUUGGCCGUGUGAGAUUUUUUUCGCAUCGAUUCGUGAAAUUACGGGUACAAUUACAGAAAGAGAGGGAAAAAAAGACAAACAACAAACCAACCACCACCAACACAACAAACAACGUUUAAAAUAAGAAAGGAACGCGUCAGUGAGACCCCUCCACCAUAGACGACAUCCCUGCUCUUUUCCUCACAGCGAGACCGAACCGAAAGCUGCCAAAGAGCCCCGCACAGAGCAGACUACAAGGGAGAAAGAGGAAGAAACACAAGAAGAGGAACAUUUGAUGGAAGAAAAGAAAAAGAAAAAGCAGGAAGAAAAGAAAAAGAAGGAAGGUGCUCAGAAAAAGGCUGCUGAACAAAAAACCAAAGUGCCAGAACCUAUUAAGACCAGUUUAAGCCAGCCCCAACCUGCCGGUACCGGUACCAGUACUUCCACCAGCACUAUCACCAACAGCAGCAAUGGCAAGCGUGCAUCUGCUAACGGGCAGCAGCCAGCCGCGUCCCGCUACCUGCCCCGCGAGGUGCCUCCACGCUUCCGCCAGCAAGAACAGAAGCAGCUCUUAAAGAGAGGGCAGCCGCUGCCCACCGGGACUCUGAGCAGCAGCCCGGCGCAAGGCACUGGGCCAGCAGGGGCGAGUCCUCCCCCACAGCCAGGGGCGGGAGGACAGCAUCAUCCCAGUAAGACCCAAGCAGAUCUCAGUCACAGUGGAUUGGGAGACCAUUAUGAAAAUUCCCACUGGGGACAGCAGCCCACUUUCAGGAGUGAAGGCAACUGCAGCUGGGAUAAAGUGAUAAUAGACAGGACUGACAAGGAAGCGUGGCCUUCCAUCACAGGAGCUGAGACUGAAUCUGCCUCAGAAUGUACUACAGACACUGACUCUGCCUCCAACUGUGGCUCAGAGAACAGUAGCAUGGCUACAGGGAGUGCCCAAGGCAACUUCACUGGACAUACAAAGAAAACUAAUGGCAAUAAUGGCGCCAACGGAGCACUCGUCCAAAGCACUUCUAACCAGAGUGCCCUUGGAGCUGGUGGAGCCAAUGGUAACGGCAGCUCGGCCAGAGUGUGGGGCAUGGCUGCAGGCUCUGGCUCUGGCCUAGCUCACUGCUCUGCCAGCGGUGGGGAUGGCAAGAUGGACAACAUGAUUGGAGAUGGUAGAAGUCAAAACUGCUGGGGUGCUUCCAACUCAAAUGCUGGCAUUAAUCUUAACCUUAACCCUAAUGCCAAUCCAGCUGCCUGGCCUGUACUUGGACAUGAGGGAACUGUGGGAGCAGGCAACCCUUCCAGUAUUUGCAGUCCGGUCAGUGCCAUAGGUCAGAACAUGGGCAACCAGAAUGGGAACCCGACAGGCACCUUAGGUGCUUGGGGAAACUUGCUGCCGCAAGAGAGCACAGAACCACAAACGUCCACUUCUCAGAAUGUGUCUUUCAGCGUACAACCUCAGAACCUUAACACUGAUGGACCAAAUAACACUAACCCCAUGAACUCUUCACCAAACCCUAUCAAUGCAAUGCAGACAAAUGGACUGCCGAACUGGGGGAUGGCUGUUGGUAUGGGGGCCAUCAUCCCGCCCCACCUGCAAGGCCUUCCUGGUGCUAAUGGAACAUCAGUUUCUCAAGUCAGUGGGGGCAGUGGUGAAGGAAUGGGCAGUUCAGUUUGGGGGAUGUCCCCGGGUAAUCCUGCCGCAGGAAACAGCAAUUCUGGGUUCAGUCAGGGGAAUGGAGACACUGUGAACUCAGCAUUAAGUGCUAAACAAAAUGGAUCCAGCAGUGCUGUGCAAAAGGAAGGAAACGGAGCGAGCGCUUGGGAUUCAGGGCCUCCGUCUGGUCCUGGGGUACUGGCGUGGGGCAGGAGCAGCGGCAACAGCGGUGUUGGUAGUGUGCAUUCUGGAGCUUGGGGCCACCCCAACCGUAACGCCAGUAACGGUGUCAAUGGUGAAUGGGUCAAGCCCCCAAACCAGCAUUCCAAUAGCGACAUCAAUGGGAAAGGAUCAACGGGGUGGGAUAGCUCUAGUGUUACCAGUCCGAAUCCUGCCAUGCAGCAGGGCAACGAACAAAUAAACUCUUGGGCCAAAGCUGCAGCAUCUGGCACCACAGCUAGCGAAGGAAGCAAUGACAGCGGUGGAAGUCAAAAUGAAGGCAGUACUGGGAGGGAGGGGGCUGCAGAAGGCAGGAGGAGAGACAAAGGGAUGAUAGACCAAGGGCAAGUUCAGUUGCCAAGAAAUGACCUUGACCCCAGGGUCCUGUCCAAUACAGGGUGGGGACAGACCCCUGUAAAGCAAAACACUGCCUGGGAAUUUGAAGAGUCCCCGAGGUCUGAACGAAAGAAUGACAAUGGAACGGAGGCCUGGGGUUGUGCAGCUACUCAAUCUUCAAACUCAGGGGGGAAGAACGAUGGGUCCAUCAUGAACAGUACAAAUACCUCUUCAGUAUCUGGGUGGGUCAACUCUCCACCUGCAGCUGUUCCAACAAAUACAGGUUGGGGAGACAAUAACAACAAAGCACCAAAUGGCCCAGGGGGGUGGGGAGAGUCAGCAAGCUCUACUACUGUUAAUAAUGCUGCUGCUGCCAAAAGCGGCCACACUUGGAGUGGGACCGCAAAUCAGGAGGACAAAUCACCUACCUGGGGUGAACCUCAGAAACCCAAAUCUCAAAACUGGGGAGACGGACAGAAAUCAAAUCCGAGCUGGACUUCAGGAGGUGGAGAUUGGACAGAUUCAUCGUCUGUUCCUGGACACUUGGGUGAUGGGAAGAAGAAUGGAUCUGGGUGGGAUUCUGACAAUAGGUCAGGGUCUGGAUGGAAUGAUUCCACGAGGUCUGGGACCAGUGGGUGGGGAAAUGGCACAAACAGCAAGGCUAAUACAGGUACAAGUUGGGGGGAAUCUUUAAAGCCAGGCCCCCAACAAAAUUGGGCUAAUAAACCCCAGGACAACAGUGUGAGUAACUGGGGUGGAGCUGCUUCUGUAAAACAGACGGGGUCGGGGUGGGUUGGUGGGCCAGUGCCAGCCAAACAAAAAGAGAACUGUGAGGCAACUGGCUGGGAAGAGCCAUCUCCACCGUCCAUUCGCCGCAAGAUGGAGAUCGAUGAUGGUACCUCGGCUUGGGGCGACCCAAAUUACAACAACAACAAGACUGUAAACAUGUGGGAUAGAAAUAAUCCUAUCAUUCAGAGCAGUACCACAACCAAUACCACCACCACUAGCACCAUUAUCAACACAAACAUGGUUGAACCUCAGCCAUCGCACCAGUCAAGUGCCCAGCCGAACCGGUCCCCGCUGCUUGGCCCAGCAGGCUGGGGAGAAAUGCCUAACGUCCACACGAAGAGCGAAGCUUCUUGGGGAGAGCCAUCCUCCCCUUCUGCUGCAGUCGAUAACGGCACGUCGGCGUGGGGGAAACCCCCCAGCAGUGGGACGGGGUGGGGAGAGAGCCCUGCAGAGCCAGCGGGGACCUACGGCAGAACAGCCGCUCCAGCUGCUGCCCCGGCACUGUGCAAACCAGCUUCAAAAUCUAUGCAAGAAGGCUGGGGCAGUGGUGGGGAUGAAGUGAAUCUCAGUACUAGUCAGUGGGAAGAUGAAGAAGGAGAUAUGUGGAAUAAUACUGCUUCACAAGAAAGCAGCUCCUCCUGUAAUUCCUGGGGGAAUGCCCCAAAGAAAGGACUUCAAAAGGGCAUGAAGACAUCUAGCAAGCAAGAUGAGGCCUGGAUCAUGAACCGCCUGAUAAAACAGCUCACAGAUAUGGGCUUCCCUAGAGAACCAGCGGAAGAGGCCUUGAAGAGCAACAAUAUGAAUCUCGAUCAGGCCAUGAGUGCUCUGCUGGAAAAGAAGGUGGAAAUGGACAAGCGUGGAAUGGGAGUGACCGACUAUAAUGGAAUGGUCACCAAACCCCUUGGCUGCCGCCCACCACCAAUCUCCAAAGAGUCUUCCAUGGACCGCCCCACCUUCCUUGACAAGCUCACCCUUUCUUUCUCCAAUCAGGAUGGCGGCCUAGUGGAAGAGCCCACUACUUCACCAUUUUUGCCUUCACCAAGCCUGAAGCUCCCCCUUUCAAACAGUGCACUCCCUAAUCAGACCCUGGGCGGGAUUGCCUCAGGGCUGGGCAUGCAAAACUUGAAUUCUUCUCGACAGAUACCGAGUGGCAAUCUGGGUAUGUUUGGCAAUAGCGGAGCAGCACAAGCCAGGACCAUGCAACAGCCGCAGCAACCGCCAGUGCAACCUCUUAAUUCAUCCCAGCCUAGUCUUCGUGCUCAAGUGCCUCAGUUUCUAUCCCCUCAGGUUCAAGCACAGCUUUUGCAGUUUGCAGCAAAAAACAUUGGUCUCAACCCUGCACUAUUAACCUCGCCAAUUAAUCCUCAGCAUAUGACGAUGUUGAACCAGCUCUAUCAGCUGCAGCUGGCGUACCAACGUUUACAAAUCCAGCAGCAGAUGUUACAGGCUCAGCGUAAUGUUUCCGGACCCAUGAGACAACAGGAGCAGCAAGUUGCACGUACAAUCAAUAACAUGCAGCAGCAGAUCCAGCAGCACCAGCGCCAGCUGGCCCAGGCCCUGCUUAUGAAGCAGCAGCCUCCCCCUCCACAUCUAUCUUUGCACCCCUCUGCAGGCAAAUCAGCCAUGGAUAGCUUUUCACCCCAUCCCCAGGCUCCCGGCCUUCCUGACCUGCAGACCAAAGAGCAACAGUCUUCACCGAACACCUUUGCUCCUUACCCCCUUGCUGGACUGAACCCGAACAUGAAUGUAAAUAACAUGGACAUUACUGGUGGUUUGUCAGUGAAGGACACUUCUCAGUCCCAGUCUCGCCUUCCUCAGUGGACACAUCCCAACUCAAUGGAUAAUCUGUCUAGUGCUGCUUCUUCUCUUGACCAGAACUCCAGCAAGCACGGUGCUAUUCCUGGAGGUUUGAGCAUUGGUCCUCCGGGAAAGUCCUCCAUUGAUGACUCUUAUGGCCGCUACGAUCUGAUUCAGAACAGUGAGUCGCCUGCCAGCCCACCUGUAGCUGUUCCUCACAGCUGGUCACGUGCCAAAACUGAUAGUGAUAAGAUCUCCAAUGGCUCCAGCAUAAACUGGCCACCAGAAUUUCAUCCAGGAGUGCCAUGGAAAGGACUACAGAAUAUUGAUCCUGAAAAUGACCCUGAUGUUACUCCUGGAAGUGUUCCAACAGGGCCUACCAUAAACACCACGAUACAGGAUGUUAAUCGCUAUCUUCUCAAGAGUGGAGGGUCAUCCCCAACAUCAUCUCAGAAUGCCACGCUGCCUUCAUCGAGUGCCUGGCCGCUUAGUGCCUCCGGCUACAGUAGCUCUUUCAGCAGCAUUGCAUCCGCACCUAGCAUUGCAGGUAAACUGUCAGACAUCAAGUCUACGUGGUCCUCCGGCCCAAUCUCCCACACACAAGCCUCUCUGUCCCAUGAACUAUGGAAGGUACCCAGAAACACUACUGCUCCUACCAGACCACCUCCGGGCUUAACCAACACCAAGCCAUCGUCGACGUGGGGUGCCAGUCCCCUGGGCUGGACCAGCUCUUACUCCUCUGGUUCUGCAUGGAGUACUGACAGCUCAGGGAGGACAAGCAGCUGGCUGGUUCUUCGUAACCUCACGCCUCAGAUUGAUGGUUCCACACUGCGGACGCUGUGUUUGCAGCAUGGCCCUCUGAUAACAUUCCACCUGAACCUGACACAAGGGAAUGCUGUGGUCCGAUACAGUUCCAAGGAAGAAGCAGCCAAGGCCCAAAAGUCUCUGCAUAUGUGUGUCCUGGGUAACACUACCAUCCUGGCCGAGUUCGCCGGCGAGGAGGAGGUGAACCGCUUCCUGGCGCAGGGCCAGCCGCUGCCUCCCACCUCCAGCUGGCAAUCCAACGCCGGCAGCUCGCAGCCGCGCCUGGGCUCAGCCGGCUCCCACGGGCUGGUGAGGGGCGACGCUGGGCACUGGAACAGCCCCUGCCUGGGGGGCAAGGGCAGCAGCGAGCUGCUGUGGGGCGGCGUGCCCCAGUACUCCAGCAGCCUCUGGGGACCCCCCAGCGCCGACGACGGGCGAGUGAUCGGGAGCCCCACGCCUCUGAAUACUCUUCUUCCGGGGGAUCUUCUCAGCGGGGAGUCCAUCUAGGAAGCGGAGAGGAACCGAGUGGAAAUCACAAUCAUCAGCACUAAAGGAAAUAUAAAGUUGUAACCCUUUCCAGUCCCGGGCUUGAUGAAGAAUCCAGCUUUAACCGAUCAGACUGGCAGCCCUUAUUUUAUUUUAUUGUUUUGAAUUUUUAUUUUUUUUAGUACCUCUGUCCAAUAUCGACUAUGAAACUGCAGAAGUCCUUGUGAACUGUUAAUGCAACAGUAUGGGCUCCUUUUGGUCAGUGUCACAUGCUAACGACAGGUUAUAUUUUUUUUUUUUCAUGGCUUUUUGUUUUAUGUCGUCUUUUUAUGUUUGUAUGGUGAUUUUAAAAAACAAACUAUAAAAGCUGCUUAGAAUAGGUCUAUCAUGAAGGGCACUUUUCAGAAUUUGGGCUGGAAAGGGUUAUUUUAUCAGCUUGGGGGGGGGGGGGGCGGGGGGGGGGGGGGAAGGGGAAAUGAAAGCCUAUUUAAAAUGAGCCUGUGACUAUUAUGCACAUUACCAGAGGCGGACCCAAUAAUCAGAAAGGGUGAAGUGUGAUAUUUACCAUUGGUACAGACAAGAGAUGAAUCUGAAUGGUAACUAUGGACUGUACAGGUUGAAUGGGGAGGGGGGCGGGCUGGGGUAUCUGUGUCCACUACUCCCAUGGAUCUGCCUAUGCACAUUACCCUCGUUUCAUUACUUUUUCAUGUCGUUUUUGUUAACCUCUCCCCCCCCCUCCAAAAAAAAAAAGGAAAAAAAAAAAAAAAGGAAAAAAAAAAAAAAGGACAAAACAGAAAAUGUUUAAAAAAAAAAAAAACAAAAACAAAACAAAACGAAAAAAAAAGAACAUAUCAAACAUGCAAAUACUUGAAUCCAGCAGGCCAAUAACAAAAUGUGAACACUCGCUACAUCUGAUGAUUACACUUCCAGGUUGGCAUCAGUACACCGAGACAACAGGCUCUAAGGAUUUGUUUUUCAAGGUUCGGACGUUCUGUUUUUGUUUGAGAUGUGAGUGUGAGUGUGUGAGUGAGAGUGAGAGUGAGUGCCCGCGCGUGGCUGAACUAAAAGCGUGUUCUCCUUUUAUCCAGUAUAUGCUUUUGAGUUGCUCAUUGGUCAAAUGUUUAAUUGUUAUUAGCUUCUAACUUUGCACUGAGUGUCCGCAGCCCUUCUUGUAGCUCAUCCUAUAAUGUAAAGAAAAAAAAAAAAGAAAAAAAAAAAAGAAAGAAACUGAUAGAAGGGGCCGGCGACAAUUCACGUGUAAAUGUUUACUCAAGGACUCUUAUCGCGUUUUAAAAAUGACAGUGUGUAUCUCUGGAGAAUAAUAUGUAUAUCUACCUUGGGCGGCUUUUUAUUGUGGACUAAUGCAAGGAAACGAUUCCCGGAGUAUUGCACCGUUGUUCCAUUUGGGAUCUAAAGCUGAAGAAAAAAUCCUCUCCUUGAACUGUGGCCAUAGAUAAUUGUAAAGAGCGGAUGGUUCCCUUGCAAGCAGGAACAGAAACAAGCACUUGGACAUGGGGUUUGACUGCUUUUGGAGGAGCCGGCGUUCGGCUCUCACCUGUUUACAGACCUUUUUUUUUUUUUUCUUUUUUCUUUUUUUUUUUUUUUUUUUUUCCUCCUUCAAACUUUAAAAAUAAUAAUAAUAAAAAAAAAAUUAAAAAAAAAUUAAAAAAAAAAAAAGGAACUUUAAAAAAAAAAAAGAGACUUCCAUCGUAAAGAAAACUUAUUUUCAGAAUGAAGAUAUGCUACUUCAGAGCUCUGGGAUUGAACAGUGUUGUUGUAUGAUUCUUUUCUUUGGCCAUUGCUGUGUACUGUUCUUGUUGUUGUUUUCCUCCUCUCCGUCGGCGCGGCGAGGCGUUGUGGUCACUCUCUUGCACAUGGUGGAAGAUGUCUCAGGAAAGCCGGGUUUCCCGAGGAGCAACUCCACACCAUUUCAUGUAUUUUUAAAACCCAACUCCUAGCACUGAAGAUAUUAUUAAAAAAUAAUUAAAAAAAAAAUAAUUAAAAAAAAAUUAAAAAAAAAAAAAAAAAGACAGUAAGAAAGAAAAAAAUACCUAAUCUAAUGUGUAGCAGUUACAUAUUUACCAAAUAAUGGACUCAAAAAAGAAAUAGAUGUUUGAAGAGUGCUUUAUAUAUUAAAAACAAAAACAAAAACAAAUUGCUUUAUGUUUAACAAAAAAAAAAAGAAAAAAAAAAAGAUGUUUUUGAUUGUUUUGAAAGGAAGAAAGACAAUGAGCGGCAUCCGGCUGGCGUGUCCCGAGUGGCACGGACGUUGUGCUCCUGCCUGCUUGGGUCAGGAAACUUGUGCAUUACAUUCAAUUUCCUUUCCCUUUCUUUUUGGUUUAUUUUUAUUUCGAUUUUUAUUUUGGAAGCUGAGCUUUUGAAUGGUUUUAUCCGAUGUUAAAAGGGGUCCUGCGAGAUUGCAAAAUUAACAAAAGCUGGUUUUAUAGCGGAUCACGAACUAUGCACAAACUGGGUUCAAGACUUGUUCUUUCGUUCUCGAGGUUCCGUAGUGUAUUUAGCUCUGUUACCUUUCCUCAGAGUCAUUGCAUCUCAUUGCCACCGCGCGCCCGCGCCAUGCACAGCUAUUUUAUAUCUCUGUCCACGCUCAUAUAAGAGAUGUCUGUGUGUCUGUGCGCGCUGACGUACGACUUUCCAUGCUGAAUUUAGCAUUGAGUUGUAGAACUCGUGGUAUUUUGAAACGGGGAAGGAAUGUUUCUGUUGGCGGGGGUGGGGGGGCUGUGGGGCUUUGAUUUGGGGGCUUUUGGUUUUGUUGUUUGGUUUUUGUUGGUUGUUUUUUUUUUUUUUGGCCUUUCCUUUCGGGUUAAAGAUGUCUGUAACUGAGAUUAAAUGAGAAAAAAAGGAAAACAAAAAAAAACUUAAGAAACAAAACAACAAAACACAUGGCUUUCAAUGUUAUCUCCUCAUAGAAUGUGAUUGUUGAAGAACAUGCACCGAAAGUUGCUUUCAAGAGUACGAAGAUUCUUUGAAAACUAAAUAAAUCGCAGUUGGUUUUUUGG